AUGUCUCGGAUGCACCAGGACCAGUUCGUCGACGAUGACGAGGAAGAGUGCUGCCCCCUCUGCGUCGAGGAGUUCGACUUGUCAGACAGGAACUUCCGCCCAUGUCCCUGUGGCUACCAAAUAUGCCAGUUCUGCUACAACAACAUCAAGACUACCAUGAACGGCCUGUGCCCCGCCUGUCGCCGGCCCUACGAUGACUCGACAAUCGAGUGGAAGACCAUCUCUCCCGAAGAAAUGGCACAGCACAAACAACAGAUUGCGCAAAAGGCCAAAAAGAAUGCACAGAUGCGGCAAAAGGAAGCACAGAAAGCCGAGGCCGACUCGCUCAGCCGGAAGCACCUGUCUGGCCUACGUGUCGUCCAGAAGAACCUAGUGUACGUCACGGGUCUCACGCCGACAAUACGUGAAGACGAACUGCUCAAGACGUUGCGCGGCGAUGACUACUUUGGUCAGUACGGCAAGAUCUUGAAGAUCGUUGUGAGCAAAGCCAAGGAGAAUGCACAGCAUCAACAGUCUGUUGGUGUCUAUGUGACCUUUGCUCGCAAGGAAGAUGCCGAAAGAUGCAUCAACGCCGUCGACGGCUCGCAAAACGGCGAUCGAGUGCUGAGAGCACAAUUUGGCACGACCAAGUACUGUUCGGCCUACCUCCGCGGCGAAACAUGCAACAACCGCAACUGCAUGUUCUUACACGAGCCCGGCGAAGACAACGACAGCUUCACCCGCCAAGACCUGUCCAUGAUGAACUCGAUCCAGACCCAACAACCGUCCCAAUCCUCGACGUCCCGGGCUGCGCCUCCCGCUCAUCAAGGGCCUGCUGUUGCCGCUGCAAUACCAAUGCACAGACAAGAUAGUACAGAUACUUCGAGUUCGAUACACGACGCACCUGGCCUACCCGCCACUGCGAACUGGGGCAGUAAAGCAGUCUUGGAACGUCGUGCAAGUCGUUCAACAACUGCUUCAAAUAAUGCUAGCCCCAUGGUCACGAAUGCAGUACCUGCACAAGCGUCAAAAGCACCCAAGCCAACAGAGGCACCAAAAAAGAAGGGCAAAGAGAAGGAGAAAGAGAAGGAAAAGGAGAAGGAAAAAGAAGAGGACAAGGACAAGGACAAAGAAAAGGAGAAGGAAAAGGAAAAAGAAAAGUCUCCACCAGCAUCAACUUCCGCAACGUCACAGUCCACAUCAACAUCUUCACCCUCCACACGACCAUCCAAACCCCGCAACAAGGAUUUCCCAGACUUGUUGAAGAUCAUCUGCUCGCCCGAUUUUAAGUUUGUUUUCUCAAGUGCUAUUCUGUCAGAGGAAGAGUUGAAGGCCAUUACCGAGUUUCCUCAAUUGCUCGAUCCCAAUGGUGGUGCAAAGCGUCGCGCCAUGAAAGAAAAGGAAAAAGAACUUGCUGUACUGCGGGAGGCUGAAGCUGAAGCCAAAGCAGCAUCCCAGCAACAGGCGCCGGCUGCUGAACGCGAGGACAAUGAGGCAACGGCAGGUGGUAGUUUGCAACUGGGCGGAGAGCCUGAAGACGGACCCGAACCCAGCACCAACCACCUCAAUCAGCAUGCGAUUGCACCGCCUGGCCAGCAAAGCUUUGGUGGAAGCCUGUUCGGGCAAAGCACGCCUUUGGCAGAGGACUUUAGCACUCUUGGGUUGAGCAACCGAGGCCUGACACCGCAGCAACAACAACAGUUGCUGCUCUCUAACUUCAAGUCUGGCAACCAGUCUACCGGCCUCAUCGGCAACAUGCAAAACGCGCAGGCCCAACAGCAUGGAAUGACUGGAAAUGCUUCGAGUCAUAACAGGCACACUUCUCGCUUCAGCUUCGCCAACGACAGCACUUCGGCUUCUGCGAAUGUGCAGCCUGUGGCGAACCAGAAAUUGAUGAGCCAGCAAAACUCAAUGAUGCCCAAGAAUGCCAAUCAGUUCAACCCAAUGUCCCAGCAUCAGCCUUUGGGUGGACAAUUCUUCACCAACGUGCAAGGACCACCUCCAGGACUAAAGCCUACUGGCACACCUCCUGUCAGCGGAACUGGUAUGUUCGGUCAAGGUCACGGCUUUGCUACUGGCGGUCUGCCCUACGGGACAGGCGCCACGGCAAGGAACAACAGUGACGCCAUGUAUCAGGAUCUGCUUCGCAGCCGCAACAUGGAUGGUGGUUCUAGGCUAGCUGAUGCUGGAAAGCGUGAGUCAAUGUUUCCUUCUUUUCUCAAUCAGCACCCCACGACCUCCACCCCUGCCCCUGCCCCUGGCCUUCUAAGCUUCCCUUAUGGGCCUUCGCCUGGCGCUUACCAGGAGUCUGGUUCGCAGAAAUCCAAGAAAAAGGGCAAGAAACAUAGGCAUGCAAACACUUCCUCGUCUGGAGGAGGUGGUCUUGCCGAUGUUCAGGACCCGAGUAUCUUGCAGGCAAGGCUGCACCAAGGCGGCAUGACUGGCCAGGGCCUGUAUGGCCAGGGUCAAGGCGGAUUUUCUUCGCUUUAUUCCAACAACAACUACGGCGGCGCUGGACGAUGGUAGUCGUUUUAUUCUUCUACAUAUUGGUUGGCCUGCUGGCCAGACAUACUGUCUUAGUACGAUUUGGAACGGUGGCUGCAUGGCGUUUUGGUUUAUACAGCGACUGCAUCGGCACACAUUCGGUGCUCCGACACUGGGAUGCCUGGCGUUAUGAUUGGGCUUCACGGUCACUUGUCGCAUUUCUCGACACGGGCAUGUCUUCACGGCACUUUUUUUACCUUCACGUUUCCUUCUUAUCUUACUUUUUGUUUUGUCAUACCUGGGUGGUUUGCGCUGUCCUGCCGAUGCAAAGGUCAGCUUCUCUCGUCGUCUUCGUCAUGGUCACCGCAUGUACGUAACUACCCCUCCUGCCGCCAUCAAGUCGGC